AUGAAGGGAACUUCACUCUUCCGGACGGUGCACAAGCCCCGUGUGGCCAUCCGAGCCGCGCCAUCAACCAAGGCCGAGAUCGUGCAUGUUCUAGUCGUAGCGGAGAUCUUCAAGGUCUCAGAGGACCUGCCCUCCGGCUGGGUGAAGCUCGAUCCGGAGGAGGCAUGGGUUCGUGCCAUCGAUGCCGGCUAUGUUCUGCGCGAUGGGCGAGAAAUCGGUCUCGGGAAGCUCAUCGAGCAGGUCCCCGAGGAGGAAGCCGAAAAGGACAUUUGGCCGUAUGCAGCAGCCAUAAACCUGGCGGCUGCAUUGCAGGUGCCUUUCCAGAUGCAGGGUGAGGGCCUUCGACCCCAACCACGCGAGAAGCUGCCGCGACUGUGGCUUAGCGCCUGGCACAUGCACGAGGAGGUGGAGGUCCCACGACCGCUGCUGCGGCGUGGAUCUGCAGUCCCGCGAUUGGCGCUUGCAGUGCUUCUGCGCGGCUCACCGGCCACAGCAGUCGAGAGCUUCCUGCUUUACCACAUGGCCCAGGGCUUCAGUCUGAUCUUCCUUUUCUUCGAUGCCCCGAACGAGCCGACUGA